AUGGAUGGGUCAGUCGUUCCCAAUAAAGAGGACCUUUGCGAUGCACUUUUGGGGAAGGUGCCGAAUAAGUUUCAAGGUGGUCGGAUAGAUAUGAAGUGGUUGGAAACCAAUUUCAAAGAUCUUCCUCUGAACGUGCCCAACGACGGUAAAGAACAAUACACCCGAGCAUUUAUUCUGAGGUUAAUUGGGGACAUUCUAAUGUCUGAUAAAACUCGAAAUAUGGUAGACAUAAUGUGGCUACUACACCUAGCUGACUUCAAAGGAUGUGGACGACUGAUUUGGGAAUCAACCGUGUUGGCCAUGUUGUAUCGAGAGUUGUGUCGAGUGACGGAACUGGAUAAGAUGUCAAUCAGUGCUUGCCUGCUCCUGCUGCAGUCAUGGGCGUGA